AUGGACUUGGUCAAUGCUUAUUUCUUUUCGUCGCCGGCUUCAGUCUUCGUGGCUGUGGUGACUUUCGCGUUCCUGGCUGUCCAAGCCUGGCCGCGGAAGCAGACCGAUAAGAUCAGCUAUCUGUCUACCACGGACGAAGGGGCUUCAGAUUUCUCGGUUUCUAAAGAGCCAGAGGUUCCGGAGGGAUGGUGGUCCAAACGAGAAGUAUUCGAACUUGAGCGACGAGGUCUCUUCAGCAAAUCUUGGCUGUACCUUGCCCACAUCAGCCAGUUCUCAAAGGCAGGCGCCUAUCAAUCCUUCGACAUCUCUGGAUUCCCGGUAUUUUUGAUUCGCGGUAAAGACAGCAAGAUCCGCGCGUUUCAUAAUGUAUGCCGACACCGUGCGUAUACCAUUACUAGGAAGGAGACCGGUAAUUCUACAGUUCUGGGUUGCCGUUAUCAUGGAUGGAGCUACGAUACCACGGGACGAUUGGUGAAAGCCCCGCAGUUUGAUGACGUUCCUGGAUUUGAUAAGUCUGAAAACAGCCUUUUUGAGAUUCACACGCUCACUACUGGAAGUGGUUAUGUGUUUGUGAAUCUGGAUGCUGAAGAGCCGGCGGCUUUUGAUGAUUCUGCUCAUCUGGCGUUAGAGGAAUUCGGUCGCACUGCUGGAGCCGGAUUGAUUUCUAGAUUUAUUAUUGGGCAGACACUGCCCGGAGAAUUUAACUGGAAGCUUGGAGCAAACGGGCGACAAUUCAAUGCCGUUCUCGAACAGCUAGAGCAGCGCGUCUCCGAGGCAAUGCCACCUUCUCUAGCAGCAAAAUUCAUCCGAAUGAUUACCCCAAAAAACGGCCAAGCAGACUCCUCCUUCUUUCCAAGUUCAUUCUUCUACUCAUUUGAGAACUCGGAUCUUUGGCUUUCAUUGACCUUCCUACCAUCAUCUGAGACAACCACCCAAGUCCGCUAUGACCUCUUCAGCUCUUCGUCCAAGGUCAACGAUAAGGAAAGUGACUUGGUCAAUGUCGUUGAGGACGUAAUAAGGAACCUUCUUCAGGCCAUUGAAGCUGAAUAUCGGUCAAUCAAUGAUCGACCGGUCGAAAACUCCCCGUCUACUCGGCAGAUUCUACGGAUGAUAAAGGAACAUUCAAGGAUGGAGAGAGCUAUUGGUGGACAGAUCCUUCCUGCUAUGCACAAGCCAAAGGGAAGUACUCUUUUCCAGCAAGCUGAGCAGUUAUGCAAAGAGAUCGAUUGCUCGGGUCCCGGCUCGAAUGGGCCUACUUCAAGUAGGCUGGAUUGGUAG